AUGCCGCGACCACUUCUCUACCUGCUUCUUUGCCUUAUCUCUACCGUAGAUGUUCAGGAGACGGCGGAAGGAGAAUGUUGUGCAGAGGAGGGAGAAAAGCCGAGCACGGAUGCAGAACUGCAAGACGUGGACUUGCAGGAGGUCUGUCCUGAGCUGAGCGGCCAGAUCAUUGGCGGCAGGCCCAGCUCCGUCACAAGGCAUCCCUACCAAGUGUCCAUGGUGAUGAACGGAAACUCUUUCUGUGGAGGCUUUAUCAUCAGUCCAGAUUACGUGUUAACAGCGGCACACUGUGUUCAAAAUACCGCGGCGUCUGCGAUCCGGCUACGUGUGGGCAGCACGCGGCGGGACUCGGGCGGGCGCAUCGUGGGCGUCAGCAACGUGACCGUGCACGCGCAGUACGGCCAACCGCGCUUCGACAACGACAUUGCCGCGCUGCGACUGGCGCGUCCGCUGGUGUUCAGCACCGCCGUGCGCGCCAUCAGGCUGCCUCAGCCCCGACAGCCCGUGCCCCUCGUGCGCCUCACCGUCACCGGCUGGGGGCUCACUGCUCCGCGCGGACGCCGCAUCCCGCGCAUCAUGAUGGAGGCGCGCGUGCCUGUGGUGCCGCACUGGCUGUGCCGGCUCUCGUACGGCGACGCGCUCACAGACAACAUGUUCUGCGGCGGACACUUCCUCAUUGGCGGCGUCUCCUCCUGCCAGGGAGACUCGGGCGGGCCGGCCGUGUUCCGCGGCACGGCGUACGGCGUGGUGUCGUUCGCUCGCGGCUGCGCGCUGCCGCUGUCGCCCACCGUCUUCACCAACGUCGCCGCGCUGCGGGACUGGGUCACGCAGAACACCGGCGUCUGACGCUCCACCGAACUCAACUCUGUCUCUAAACGCAUACGAUUCAUAAAAGCUUACCAAGUCUGUGAUAUAAAUAAAAUGCUCCCUUCUCAAUCCUGUGUUUGACUGCCGUUAUUUAUUUUGUUAAUUUUUUGAAUAAAA